AUUCCUGGAGCAGCAACUGCUGCGACACUUCAGGGUACUCUGCACUUUACUGAACUCAUUAUCAGCUUGAGGAACACGCACCUAUAUGACCACGGCAUUGAUGACUGAUCUGCAAACCCAGCUUUCAGGUAAGUCACCAUGAGACUGACGGUCCCAAACCCGGGACUGACCCUGCGGAUCCCCAACUAUGAAGACCUGGAGAGGAUGGAUAAGGAGGAGGCCGGCGACAGGCCCAAGUGGGACAACAAAGCUCAGUACAUCCUGACCUGCGUGGGCUUCUGCAUCGGCAUCGGCAACGUGUGGCGUUUCCCUUACUUGUGUCAGAGUCACGGCGGAGGAGCCUUUUUGAUUCCUUACUUGAUCCUGCUGGUCCUGGAAGGACUGCCUCUCCUGCUGAUGGAGUUUGCCAUUGGCCAGCGUCUGAGAAAAGGCAGCGUGGGGGUGUGGAGAGCCAUCAGUCCAUAUCUGACUGGAGUUGGCAUUGCUUCCAUGAUGGUCUCUUUCCUGAUUGGACUGUACUACAACACCCUAAUGGCCUGGAUUAUGUGGUACCUCUUUAACUCCUUUCAAGACCCUUUGCCAUGGACACAGUGUCCCCUGACUGAAAACAGCACAGAAUACGUACCUGAAUGUCAAAGAAGCUCUACAGUGGAUUACUACUUUUACAGAGAGACACUGAAUAUCUCCUCCUCCAUAUCCAACUCUGGAGGUAUCCAGUGGCAGAUGGUGGUUUGCCUCUUUGCUGCCUGGACGGUGCUGUGCAUCAGCUUCAUACGAGGGAUUAAUACAUCAGGAAAGGCCGUCUACAUCACAGCCAUCCUGCCCUACAUUGUGCUGGCCAUCUUCCUGAUCAGAGGCCUGACUCUUAAAGGCUCUCUCAAUGGAAUAAAGUAUCUCUUCACUCCAGAUGUCAACGAGUUGAUGAAACCAACAACUUGGCUGGAUGCAGGAGCCCAAGUCUUUUACGCGUUCAGCUUGGCAUGGGGGGGGCUAAUCUCCUUCUCAAGCUACAACCCUGUUCACAACAACUGUAUGCAAGACGCUGUGAUCCUGUCAGCUGUAACCGGUCUCACUUCCAUCUAUGCUGCCACGGUGACCUACUCCAUCAUCGGCUUCAGAGCCACUCAGAAUUAUGACAACUGUGUCAAUGAAAACAUCAUGGCUGUAACAAAUGCCUUUGAUCUUCCUGAAAUGAGCAUAAACUCAAGCAACUAUGAUGCAGCUUUGAGUCACCUGAACAGCUCCUACCCUGAGGCUUUUCAUGAAUUAGGGAUCCAGAACUGUGAUCUGCAGAGACUGCUCAGUGAAGGAGUGGAGGGAACCGGUCUGGCGUUCAUUGUUUUCACUGAGGCCAUCACUAAGAUGCCCGGCUCCCCCGCCUGGUCUGUGCUCUUCUUCUUCAUGCUUUUCUGCCUCGGACUCUCAACUCUCUUUGGCAACAUUGAGGGAGUGGUGGCCCCCUUGACAGACCUGAAUGUAUUACCCAAAAAGUGGCCUCAAGAAGUCCUGACAGGAGCAACAUGCUUAGUUUCUUUCAUCAUCAGCCUCCUGUUUGCGCAGCACUCAGGAAUCUACUGGGUUACUCUCUUUGACAACUUUGCUGGAUCUAUUCCACUGCUGACCAUUGGGUUGUUUGAGAUGAUAGCUGUCGUUUACAUCUACGGCAUAGACAGAUUUAAUGAAGACAUUGAGUUCAUGAUCGGGCAUAAGCCGUCACUCUACUGGCAGAUUUCCUGGAGGUUCAUCAGUCCUGUCAUCCUUCUGAUUAUCUUAGUCUUUUACCUGGUCACUCAAACUCAACAAGAGCUUACCUAUUUGGUCUGGGACCCCAGCUCUGCAGAGUUUCCGGGUUUGACUUCCAUCCCGUACCCUUCAUGGAUCAGCUCCAUCAUAUUUCUCUUGGCCGGAGUCCCGAGUCUCAUAGUGCCCUUGUAUGCAUUAUGUAGGCUGGUUUUUGUUUAUCUUAAGAAGAAGAGAAAAUCCAGCGAGAAGACUGUCCAAAUGUCAUGAGCUACUCAGAAACAACAAAUAACACCUUUGUUCUUACUGUGGUUUAACAAAAAUAACCUUUAUUGAUAUGUCCAGUAUGAUUGCUUAUUUUUAAAGAAGUUCCUCAACGAGGAUUGAUUUGCAUCAAUAAGCUGUACUUAUCUGUGCUAAUGUUUGGUGUUGUUUAAAGUCUUCUGUAACAAAAAACUGACUUUGCAACGGAAAAAUGUGGUUUUUAAUCAAUAUUUUAUAUCAAGAUGUGUUUAUGAACGAAAUAUGAACGUUUUUAGAUUAGUCAUGAGAUUUAAUUUCUAAUGUAAAAACACAAUCUAAAUAAAUGUGCUUUUGCUGUA